GCGUACAGGAAAGGACCGAGAGAAGUAGUCCCGGGUAGACGGAUCGAUACGAAGGCGUCCUGUGCGGACUCGCGGCCGGCGCGCCACUAGCGGCUCGGUGCUCGCUAGUCGUUCGUCGCCUCCCGUGCCCGCUGCACGGUCGCUGCUCCCGCCGACGAUCGCUGUCUCCGCGACUUCCUUGUGAUAUCCCUGCCGAUAGACAUGGAGCUUAUACGCUGGUGGUGGUCGCUGGCUACCCUGGUGGUGGUGUUAUCGUUUGCCGCGGCCGGAGAGGACGUGUGGGAGCGAGAGGGCGAACACGACCUGCUCGUGCGCAACGCAAGGGGCGCUAAAAAUAGAGAGACCUGUCGCUACGUGCGAGGCGCUUGGUCCGAGUGCGACCCGAAAACUAACAUCCGAUCCAGGACCCUCACUCUGAAGAAAGGCGACCCCACCAGCUGCGAACGCGCCAAGACCAUACAAAAAAAAUGUAAAAAAGCCUGUCGUUACGAAAAGUCGUCCUGGAGCGAGUGCAGUCCUAACGGUGAAAUGUCGCGGACGGACAUGCUGAAGGCCAACAGCGACCCCACGUGCGAUCAGAGCCGGCGCAUCACCAAGAAAUGCAAUAAAAAUAAGCAGAUCAAAGCGACUAAAGACAAGGGUCGCAGAAAUCGUCAGUAAAUUUUCAAAUGAAAUUCAUUUUAAUCGACUAAGAUUUUCAUUAUAAAAUGAAUGGUGUUCGAUCGUUGGUUUGAAUUAAUGUAAUAGUGCCAAAAUAGAAAAAUAAAACACGUGUUUCUACACUCGGUUAUCAUUAUUAGACUCGAUAUCACAGUAAACUCUAUACUAGACGCAAUUUGUUUUCACUAACUAUAAGUCGAAUCUUUGAUAUUAAUAAA